UCAAAACAAAAAAAUAAAUAAAGUACCAAAAAGAACCUCACGUCCCACGCUUCUCACACCCGCUCUCGCGCGCUGCCCGCGGCUGCCCCGCGCUACUUAUGCCGGACUCUCGUCACUGAUGACUGAUCUGGUCCCCGGACACCACACCACCUCUCCAGCCGCCCUUCUGGUCCGGGCCUCCUCCUCGUACCUCGCCAGCGCGGGGGGGCCAUGGGCCGCCGUAGGUUCCGGCUCGCCGACAUGAUGCCCAACUCCUGGUUCUACAAGCUCCGCGACAUGCGCCGCCAGCGGGGUCACCCACCUGCCACUGGCGGCGGCGGGGUGGCGAGCGCAGCAAUGCUGCCGUCGUCGUCGCCGCCGCCGCCGCAGAGGGGGGCAAGAAGGUCCGCCACGAGGCCUGCGUCCCCGAGGCGCGGGUCCGUGGCGCUCCCGCACAGGACGUCGUACUAUUACCCCACCCGGGACCGGGAGCUCCCGGCGCCGGAGCCGAAGGACGCUGCCACGGAGGAGGACCGGCAGCACCGGCAGCUCCUCCCCCAGCACCAGCAGCAGUCGCCGCCGAGGUGCUCCAGGAGGCGGCACAGGGUGGGCGCCGUCAGGGUUGGGCGCGGGCUGGAGGCUCCAACCGGGGCGCGCCGGCGGCGGGACAUGUACGUCGGGCGCGACGGCAGCGAUGACGAGGACGACGACGUCGACGAGGUCCGGAGGCCGGCGGUGAUUGCGGCAUCGGAUUACAGCGUGAGCGGCAAGGUGAUCGCGUCAGAAACGGACAUCGUCAUCGACCUCUGCUCCGAGAGCACCGCCGAGCGGGUGCUCCGCCCGAUCGUGACGAGGCCGGCGAUGAGGGAGGUGGUCCGGUACGAGCUGAAGGAGACGCACGUCGUCGACGUCGCCGACACAACGACGCCGGCAGGCGGCAGCUCUGCCUCGGAGCAGGGGAGCAACAAGUCCCACCCGAGGCGGCCGUCCGUGUCCGUGGGGCGCCGCCUCAGGACGCGCGUCAACAGCCCGCGGCUGGCGUCCACCACCACCAGGUCGUCCAGGAAGAGCAUCAGCAAGCCGACAACCCCGGGGGCGUCGCCACGGCGGAAGACGACGACGCCAGCACCGCCGGCGCCUCUCGCGGAGAGCUUCGCGGUGGUGAAGUCGUCGGCGAACCCGAGGCGGGACUUCCGCGAGUCGAUGGAGGAGAUGAUCGCGGAGAAGGGCAUCCGCGACGCCGCCGACCUGGAGGACCUACUGGCCUGCUACCUCGCCCUCAACGCCGCCGAGCACCACGACCUCAUCGUGGAGGUGUUCGAGGAGAUCUGGUCCAGCCUCGCCGUCGCCGGCGCUAACCCAUGAACCGAAACGACGGCCAGGAAUGAGCUGAGGUCAUCGAUCAUUCGUCGUCGUCCUCCCGCUGUAUGCACUGCAUGCUCGAUCAGUACAUUCAUUUCCAGUUCCAGCAGCGGAUUAUUAACUAGCUUUAGCCUUUAGUUCCUUGACUUGUUAUUGAUGAUUGCAAUCACAAAACUCCACAAGGAAACUCGACAAAGAGAAAAAAAAAAAAGGAAGACAUCGUCAUCUUGGUUC